GGGAGGACUCGCAUCUAGGCCUCGGAUGAUAGGCCUUGGAUUAUUGUUUUUUUUGUUUUAUGGAUUAUUGUUAGUUUGUUGUACGAUUGUUUAUGUCACUGUACCGUUAUUACCCAAAUAUAUGACCAUAAUUGUUAUAGGUUCGGUAUGACUCUUUAUUCUACCCAGUUUAGACAGUCAUGAUUGACUUGGCUCAAAAUUCCUGCCACAAUAACGACAUGAUUUGCCCGUGUUUAGUGUGAUCAUUACUUUGUAUAGAGUUGUUAUAACGUGACACUGUCGCUCGUUGAGAUAAACGCGCGGCGCGCCCCCUGGCGGCCGCCCUCGGGAAUCCCGCGGUGACGUCAGCCAGGAGGACCCUCUCCAACAGGUCCGGGACCGCCAUGAGGGUAACAGAGCAGUAGUGCUGCUGGCUGCUGGCCUCGGGUCCGGUGAAGAGCGGAGCAAGAGAGAAGAGGAGGAAGGCCGGAGGAGAAGUGUGUUUACGCAGACGGCGGCAGCGGCAGCGUGCCUAGGGAGCGCAGUGGGAGGAGGCGCAGGAGGCGCUGCGUCUGGCCGCUCCAACUUCCUGCUCACACAGAAACCAGGAUCCGAUUUCAGUCUAACCCCAGUGAGGAGACCGGAGCAAGCAUGGAACAACAAGGGACCUUACGGAGCUCAUCGUGAAGGUUGGCCAGCGGGGAAAACGUGACGAAAAGAGCAGGCAUGGACAGCGCCAUCACCUUGUGGCAGUUCCUCCUGCAGCUGCUUCUGGACCAGAGCCACAAGCAGCUCAUCUGCUGGACGUCGGCGGACGGGGAGUUCAAGCUGCUCCGCUCCGAGGAGGUGGCCAAGCUGUGGGGGCUGCGCAAGAACAAGACCAACAUGAACUACGACAAGCUGAGCCGCGCCCUGCGCUACUACUACGACAAGAACAUCAUCAAGAAGGUCAUCGGCCAGAAGUUCGUCUACAAGUUCGUGUCGUUCCCGGAGAUCCUGAAGAUGGACCCCCAGGUGGUGGAGCGGGGGCUGGCCUCGGGACACCUCCCCCUGCGGGCGGAGGAGGAGGAGGAGCGGGAGGAGGAGGAGGAGGAGGAGGCCCUGGAGCGGGAGGUGAAGGAGGAGCAGGAGGAGGCGGCGCUGGAGGAGGUGGAGGCCCAGCGGCGGGCCCUGGCCGUCCUGCAGGCCCAGGUGUGUCACGGCGGCGGCGGCGGCGGGGGCGGGGACUACCUCCGCUCCGGCCUCUACUCCUCCUUCAGCGUGGCGGCGCUGCAGGGCCAGCCGGAGCUGCUCCGCGCGCUGCGUGAGGAGCAGCUCCUCCACCACCACCGCCUCCACCACCACCACCAGCACCACCCCCCCCACGACGCCGAGGCCCGCUCCGUCAUCCGCUUCGGGGCCAACGGCCUCAAGGACCGGGCCCCCCCGACGCCGCCCCUGAUGACUUCCUACAGCGCCGGCGCCGCCUCCAGGCAGUUUGUCGCCUCCCCUCCGCCCUCCCCCCACAGCCCCCGCCCCCUGCGGGCCCCGGGGCCCAGCUGGAGCCCCCGGGAGGAGGAGGAGCUGGAGGAGGAGGACGAGGACGAGGAGGAGGAAGACCAGUGCUCCCAGCCCCUGAACCUGUCUUCCGGGCACAGGAAGCGCGCCUCGCUGCUCCCCGAGCAGAGGAGCUCCACCAGCACCAGAACUCCUGGAGGAGGUGGGGGAGGAGGAGGAGCUACGUCCGCUGCUGCUAACGGCAACGGCGGUCGUAGUCGGGGAGAUGGACUUCUACCGAGGAGCAAAAAGCCCAAAGCCCUGGAGAUCCCCGCGCCGUCCCUGCUGCUGACAGGAAGUGACCUGGGCUCCAUAGCGCUCAACAGCCCCGCGCUGCCGUCCGGCUCGCUCACGCCCGCCUUCUUCACAGCACAGACUCCCUCUGGCCUGCUCCUGGCCCACAGCCCCCUGCUGUCAGGGAUCCACUUCUGGAGUAGCCUGAGUCCAGUGGCGCCGCUCAGCCCCGCCCGGCUGCAGGGCCACGCCUCCCUCUUCCAGUUCCCCAACCUCAUCAACGGCCACAUGCCCAUUUCUCUGGCCGGCCUGGAAGGCGGCCCCUCCUCUCUGCUGCUGGCGUCGCAGCUCCACAAGUCCUGAUCGGAACGGAGGGGAACGAAAUACUUAAAACUUUGUUUAUUUUUAAAUCCUGUCUCUUAGCGUCGACGGUCCUUAGACCUCGUCUCUCUCUCCCUUGUUUUGUUGAACAUGUGCCUGCCAUGUGGAGUUUGUAUGAUGAACCGUCGAAUGUGGGACCCUCACCUGUUUGUUUCGCACUCGAGUUGUUCCGAGUCUCAUCUUGGUUGAGCCACGGGUGCCACGCCCUGGAGGUCCUGCUCCUCUCCUUCCCCCCGGAUGUCCGGCUCCUCUCCAUGUCCCUGGAGGUCUCCUCUCUGCUCCUGGAGGUCUCCGCUGCCACCUGGAGGCCUGGAGGUUCCUCUCCCCCUGGAGGUCUGGCUCCUCGGUUCAAAGCGUGAACGGGUGUGGAAGAUGGAGUUCUUGUGGCUUAGUGUAGAAAUGCUACUAGAUCCAAACUCCAUUUCUUUUUGUAUUCUUUGGAAAAGCAUCUCAUUGUUGAUUGCCAAUGGAAACGUGUAGUUUCUGUAAGUGGUGAAGUCUAUUUUGUAGCACUGUGCUUCUAUAUUACUGGCUGUGCCUUUGUUUGAUUUUUCCUUUUUUUAUAAAGACGAGAUUUCUAAUCAAUUGAAAACCUUUUGUAAUUCUUGUGUUUUUUAUACUGGACUUGAUAUACAGUAUGUAAUCUGUAUACUUUUGUAUUGGUGAAAAAAAUGUUAUUUUCAUUAAACAAAGCAUUGAAUGCUUGAACGUGGUGGUUUGGAGUAUCGUUUCAAAGCAGCGCAUUAAUCCGUCACAUUUCACAAAUCGCCAUUUCCGAUUAUUUUAUAAGUUUAAUAUUUUUCUCUUGAAAAAAACCCAAAACAACUCAAGCUCAGAUACAGGAAGGGGUUCUGCAACAACAUGCUAAACAUGACAAUUAUUCACAAAUAAAGUUAAACGUUGUCAUACAAAACAUCUCUGGUAACACUGUUAAAUAUACUGCGACUCCAUAAUCGUAUUCACUAUAAGGGAGAGGGGGGGUGGAGGAGCAGGGAUGGAGAGCAAGCGCUCCCUGAAUACAGAGGAGAUGGGACCACUGGUCUGAGGACCAG